AUGCCGCUCCGCCACAUUGCUAUUCCCUCGUGGCCCCGGACCACGCCGCCCAGGUACCCGACCUAUGCCCUGGCGACCCGCGUCCAGUCAAGGCUGCAGAAGGAACUACUGGCCUGGAAGGCCCUGAAAGACGACCCAUGGCGACGACUUCAUGCCCCGCCUCCGCUUCCUACCCUCGUCUCCUUUAUCCCGGCGCCCACAUAUACUCUCGGCAGGCGGCAGACCGAGCCGCUAUCCGCCUCCGAGUUCGCGCGUCUGCGCGCCCCUCUCUCCGUAUCAUUGCCCUCCCGUAACGACCACGAGUCCAUCACCACCGCCGUCUUUGCGCCCGAGGUCUUACACGCGCCCCGCGGCGGGCUAACUACGUACCACGGUCCGGGACAAGCCGUACUCUGGCCCGUCAUAGACUUGCGGUCCCCGCUGCAUGCGCACUUCUCCGUGCGUGACUAUACCUGUCUGCUGGAAAAGACUACUAUUGCAACGCUGCGCCGUGUAUACGGCGUUGCUGGGUUCACGACCUCGAACCCGGGGGUAUGGGUGCGCAAGGAUGAUGACUUGUCGAGAGACGAGGAAAAGAUCUCGGCGCUAGGUGUUCACCUUCGGCGGCAUGUGACGGGUCUCGGCGUAGCGGUCAACGUCGGUGUCUCGGUCACUGGGACCGAGGAGACGAACCCGUGGGCGCGAAUCGUAGCGUGUGGAUUGGGGGAUAGGAGUGUUACGAGUAUCGCCGCGCAAUUAGACUUGCUGCCUACUCACGAGAUUGCACCUGAGGAUAUCGCGGCUGCAUGGGCUGCCGAGUUCGCUGAGAGGCUAGAACUACCUGGUGCCGCUGUGGAGGAAGAGGACUGGGAGACGUGGGAGAAGGAAUUGCAACUCGAACCGGUGGGACCAGGCACAGAUGCUGGGUUUAUCGAGGGCCAAGUGAUGCAAUCAUGA